AUGGCUGCGUCUCCCAAGAUAGGCAUCGGAAUUGCCUCCGUGUCUUCGACUCACCGUGUCUCCGCCGCAUCAUCCGCUCUUUCUCCUCCAUCUCAUCUCUUCUUCCUCACUACUACUACUACACGUCGCGGCAGCUCCUUCCUCCUCCGUCAACAACCUAACCGAACUCGCUCCUCCGAUUCCCUCCGCCUCAGAGUCUCCGCCACCAGUUCUCCUUCUUCUUCAGGCGAGAUUAUCGAGAAUGUUGUGAUUAUAGGCUCCGGUCCUGCUGGUUAUACAGCUGCGAUAUACGCCGCUCGUGCCAAUUUGAAGCCGGUGGUUUUUGAAGGGUAUCAGAUGGGCGGAGUUCCCGGUGGACAGUUGAUGACCACCACUGAAGUUGAGAAUUUUCCGGGAUUCCCUGACGGUAUUACGGGUCCGGAUUUAAUGGAAAGAAUGAGGAAGCAAGCUGAGCGGUGGGGAGCAGAGUUGUAUCCUGAAGAUGUUGAAUCCCUUAGUGUCAAAACGGCUCCUUUUACUGUGCAAAGUAGUGAACGUAAGGUCAAGUGCCAUAGUAUUAUUUAUGCCACUGGAGCUACAGCAAAGAGGCUGAGGCUACCUCGAGAGGAAGAAUUCUGGAGUAGGGGGAUAAGUGCUUGUGCAAUCUGUGAUGGAGCUUCGCCUUUGUUUAAGGGCCAAGUACUUGCCGUGGUUGGAGGAGGAGAUACGGCCACAGAGGAAGCUUUGUACCUCACAAAAUAUGCUCGUCAUGUUCAUUUGCUAGUUCGUAGAGACCAGUUGAGAGCCUCCAAGGCUAUGCAAGAUAGAGUGAUCAACAAUCCAAACAUCACAGUUCACUACAACACGGAAACCGUGGACGUAUUGAGCAACACCAAGGGACAGAUGUCUGGCAUUCUACUCAGAAGACUUGAUACGGGUGAAGAAACCGAGCUGGAGGCAAAAGGAUUGUUUUAUGGAAUAGGACAUUCACCAAACAGUCAGUUAUUGGAAGGCCAAGUCGAACUCGAUAGCUCGGGGUACGUGUUAGUUCGGGAAGGAACAUCAAAUACAUCAGUUGAAGGUGUAUUUGCUGCAGGAGAUGUGCAGGUUAUGCUUUGGAACUUUUACCCAUCUUUCAAUGUAGGUAUUAACUCUGUGAAGUCAUACUGGUUCGAUAAUUGUGUUAGCUAUUCUCCCAUUUGUCACUCUAGGACCAUGAAUGGAGACAAGCUGUAA